UUUAUGCAUCUCCCGUGCAAAAUAUAGGCCUAGGAGUAUGCUAGGCCCUAGGCCUAGUCCUAGCCUAGGACGUUCUCCAGCGUGAACGUGUUUCUUUUUAAAAUUCUGAAUCGCACUUUUAAGGAUUUUUUAACAACAUUUUGGAUUGAUUCAGUCACCUAAAGUUGUUUUACUUAAUUAACAAUGUUAUGUUGCAUUUUUUUAAGGGAGCCAAGCACCAAGCUUCGGCAACUACUGUUAGCCAGUGUCAGAGGAUAUUGUUUGGCAGCAGGGAUGUGACAACGCCACUUGAUCAGCAAGUACUCAAAGCAGAAGUGCUCUUUACCUCACUGCUGGUUGAGCAUAAUUUACCAUUUGCGGUAGCCCAGCACGCCACAAAAAUCUUCGAACAAAUGUUUCCAGACUCCAACAUUGCUAAGAAAUACAAGUGCUCGUACACAAAGACUGCUGCAAUAGUGGAACAUGCCCUAGAACCAGAGUCAUCUAAAGCUAUGUUUUCGUGUAUCAAGGAUCAACGUCAGCCUUUUGCACUUAUGAUAGACGAAUCAAAUGAUAUUUUAUGCGAUAAAGAGUGUGCUAUGCUGGUUCGAUUCUUCAGUGAAUCAUCAGGGAAGGUGUGUGUUGGCUUCCUAGACAUGCCCGUCUGCAACGUUGGUACAGGUGCCAGAAUAUUUGAGUGUGUCAAUGAAACACUUGUGGAGAAACAUGGUCUAAGAUGGGAGAAUGUGGCAGCUUUUGCAUCUGACAACUGCAAUGUAAUGAUAGGCAAACGAGAUUCAGUUCUAUCAAGAAUUAAACAGAGAGCACCCGAAAUCUACAGCGUUGGAUGUCCGAGCCACCUGGUCAAUAUUUGCUGCAAGACCGCCUACAAAGAACUUGACUUGAACCCUGAGAGCCUGGUUAUCGACAUUUAUUAUUAUUUUGAUAAGUCCAGUAAGCGCAGACAGGAUUUGAAAGAGUUCCAGGAAUUCUGUGGUGUGGCUAAAGAGAGGGUGCAGAAACAUUGCCCAACGAGAUGGCUUUCCCUUGGGAAGUCCAUCAAACAUCUUCUAUCCCAGUGGGAUGCAUUCCAGUCAUACUUCAACUCAAAGAGUGAAAACCAGAAGAGCCGAGCAAUCGCCAGUCGUCUGAACAAUCCCAUGAUGAAGGUAUAUGCACAUUUCUUGUCAUCAGUUAUACCUCUGUUUGAUCGCUUUAAUCUGGUUUUUCAGCAGAAAUCGUCAGUGCUUCAUAGGCUGCCAGAAUGUGUAGAAGAACUGCUGCAUGGUAUUGCUGUUAGACUAGUGCAACCACAGCACAUUAGGCAGGUUAGCAGCAUUAAGGAUCUAGACCUGUGUAUAGAUAAUCAAUGGGACAAUGUAAACUUAGGCAUAGGAAGAGAAGCAAAAUUGCUACUCAUGACUGAUGAGGUAUCUGAGUUACCUGAGAGGGUUGUAGAUAAGUUCUAUGAUGAUGUAAGAGGUUACCUCACCAAAAGCUUUGUAAAGGUUGUGGAGAAAUUUCCACUGGAUUGCAUCGUUAUGGAGAAUCUAAAAGUACUCUGCCCUGAUCAACAAGAUGCCCUGACAACUAAUAUUGCAGGGAGUUUGGCAGGGAGGUUCCCCA